AGACGGACUAAAUUAUAUUUUCUUAGCCAAACACUACAUCAAUUCAUUGAAGUGCCUGUAACAAAAUGGACAUAACAUCGGCCUUUCUCGGACUUGUCGUGUUCAUUUUAGCCCUGCAAGCUGGACACUCUAAAACAGAUUUCGACAAUUAUGAAUUACUACGAAAGCUUGCAUUUGACUCGACUCUACAAUCAUUACUGUUGACAUCCGGGACACCAGAUGAAGAUGAGGCACGUGACAGGGACAUUAAAUCAACCUCGUUUACGAAUGACGAACUCCAAUCAGAUCAUACUGGUAAAUCACGUGACUAUUUGAAACUAGACAUCGACACGGAGGACUACCCCAGGUUCUCUAACUUCGAGAAACGAGGGGUCGGCAAGUGCAUCUACAACUGUCUGAGGGGGCGUGGCCAGAUGAACUUUAUCCAAUGCAAAAGCAUGUGUCACUGAUUUAUGGACGGAAUGACUGAUAACCUUCUUGCUGUUUCAACGUUAUACGGAUUUGACCUGUGCAAACAAACAACAUGAACUAAAUUAGAGAUACAUAUAUAUAGUUUUGUUGAUGGUAAAAAAAAGUUUGGUCAAAUGCUUUUAUUCUCCAACUCUGUACACUGUAACUUAACGAAUAGUUAUUACCUGUAUUUGAAAUUUGAUUUGCACUUUCAAAAUAUGAAAUUAAAAAUUUA